AAUUGUGGUUGCCUAGUAAGUUUCCCGUCAACGGUGCAAAGUUUCGAGACGUGUUUCUUGGCUGUUCUGUGUUGUGAAUUCCCAGGAGCUUUUUAUUACAAUCUUUGGAGGACCAAGUUAAACCACAAACGGAGGAAGAUGUCGGUUGCAGGAUUUAAGAAGCAGUUUUAUAAAGCAAGUCAGCUGGUGAGUGAGAAAGUUGGAGGUGCAGAGGGAACCAAACUGGAUGAAGACUUCAAGGACCUUGAAAGGAAAGCAGAUGUUACCAGCAAAGCAGUAGUGGAGGUCAUCAGUAAAACAUCAGAGUACCUCCAGCCCAACCCAGCGACAAGAGCUAAGCUUUCAAUGCUCAACACUGUGUCCAAAAUCCGUGGGCAGCUGAACAGUCCAGGAUACCCUCAACCUGAGGGCCUGCUGGGGGAGUGUAUGACUAAAUAUGGACGGGACAUGGGCGAGGACACAAACUUUGGUGGGGCUCUAGUAGAUGUUGGAGAAGCAAUGAAGAGGAUGGCUGAGGUCAAGGACUCUCUGGAUAUCGAUGUAAAGCAGAAUGUCAUUGACCCACUGCAGGCAGUUGCUGAGAAGGACAUCAAAGACAUUCAGUUCCACCUGAAGAAACUGGAAGGUCGCCGUCUUGAUUAUGACUAUAAGAAGAAACGUCAAGGUAAAAUCCCAGACGAGGAGCUCAGGCAGGCAUUGGAGAAGUUCCACGAGUCCAAGGAGCUGGCUGAGAGGUCUAUGUAUAACCUGCUGGAAACUGAUGUGGAGCAGGUGAGUCAGCUGUCUUCCUUUGUGGACUCUUUGCUGCAGUACCACAGACAGGCUGCAGAGAUUCUGGAGGAGGUUACUGAUAAACUGAAAGAGAGGGUAAAUGAUGCUCAGUCUCGUCCAAGGCGCGAGUUCACACCUAAACCCAAACCAGCAGCCUUUUAUGGAGAGCUAGAACACUCCAACGGAGGAUAUUUGCCUGCUGCUACAAGCCCUUCAUCUUAUUCUGCUGCGGCACAAUAUCCAGCUUCGUUCCCCCAAAGAACCUCCGUCAAGAGAAGACAGUCUGAGCCAUGCUGCAAAGCCCUGUAUGACUUUGAGCCAGAGAACGAUGGUGAGCUGGGCUUCCACGAGGGUGACGUCAUCUCUUUGGUCAGUCAAAUCGACGAGAACUGGUACGAAGGAACACUUCGUGGAAAAACUGGAUACUUUCCGACCAACUAUGUUGAUGUGGUGGUUCCCCUGCCACACUAAAACAAAGAGUCCAAUAGUGGAACAAUAGCAUAAGGUGAAAAAGAGGGAUAAUACAUUUUCUGUAAUGUAAUGAAAAUGUAAACAUAGGAAAACAAAUGACCAAAUCCUUUGUAUCUUUGGAGUAUUUGGGUAAAGGGGGCAUAUUAUUCUGUCAAGAUUUUGUGAAUUUGUAGUCACAAGAACAUGUCAGCAGGAUGCUCAAUUACAUAAGAAUAGCAUAACAAUAAUAACAUAAUGUUUAGGUGCUUUUUGCCAUGUCUUUGUAAUCUUUAUUUUUGCACCUAUGCACUUUGUACACUACACCUCUAUCACCAAACUGAAGACAAAACCAAGAGCAAAUGGCAUCUUUAGACAUGUGUAACAUUAUCCAAACAGUAAAACUUUAUUUAUCCAAAUAUAUAACCAUUGUGGCAAAUCUUGUUCUUUACCCUGUUCAUAUUGAAACUACCCUUUAUUUUUACACUCCAUGUUUUAACCUCUGUGCCUGCAGGCUUUAGUGCUGUUGUAAUGUACUUGAGAAUCAGCAGGGGGGACUGUCUGCCUUUAGUAAAUGUUAGAGACUAUCCUCCACUGCCAUCUAGUGGAACAUGGGCUCAUUCUCUGCUCUUAAGUUGUGCAGUACUGCCACAAUUUCUGUUAGUUAUAAAUCUAUGUCAAGUGGCUUGUUUAAUUUUAAGUGACAGAUGAAGCCAAUCAGUAGAUGAUGACUCUGCUGUUUAAUUGUUCUGUAACUGCAAUUUCUGCCAUCAGCUGUUGUAACGUUAGCAAGAGGUUAAAUUCCUAAGUGCACAGAGUUCCAUGAAAACUCUAUCAUUACAUUUAUCACUAAAAUCAUUGUGAGUUGAUGUACAUAUACCUCUACAACUGUUUUUGAAAGUACUCCAUUAUCAUGUCUCUAAGUACCAAUACUAAAGAAAGGCUGUUUAAAUUUGUAAAUUGCAAUAUGCUGUAAGAUCUGAUGGAACACGGGUGUAUUUGAUUUAUCCUAAUGCACAGAUUGAAUAUUUAACACUAUAUGCAGAGAUGAUUUCAACCCAUGCCAAAUAUUGAACAGCAUUGCACACCAAUGCCAAUAACACACUUUUAGUUCUUCAAUUUUCUCAGGCUCUGUGGAUGCUGCUGGCAGUGUCACAACAUUUUCAGGGGCUUUUGUCAAAGUAUUUGUCCAUGAAUUUACUAUCUGUGUUUAGCUCUCUCUAUGAGCAAGCCUGGCUUUGGCUUGGAGCAUGGAAAUUAAUGCGAUGUGUGCUUGGCAUUCCUGUACCUGCCUCUGUUUUCAAGCAGAAUCAGUUUGCCAGACAUGUUGGAGAACAAUAUCUCCCAGCAAUUGUGAACUGCAUUUACAAAUAAUAAAGGGGGCCUGUACACAAAGGCUGGUUUCAGUUCCAAUUAAGUCUAUAACAAGCAAACUAUGAACUGUCAAGAGUUUGUGUUGUAGACUAAAAUGCCAACUUUCUCCUCUUGUCAUGAUCCCCUUGUUAGACCGCCCCCUGCCCCACUCAAUUCUCCAAUCUCUAUUUUAACUGCAAGUGGAACAGACAGGUCUUUUCAGUGGGGAAGGGCACUCAGCAGUGGAUUAUGCCCUCCCCCACUACUCUUUAUUCACCACCUGCCCCUGUACCCCUGCCCCCUUCCUCAUUAUCUGCCCCAUCCCAAGCCAUUUUGCCUUUAAGGCUCAGUUUCCUAGUCACUGCUUGGACUGAUAUUCUCAUUGCUAUGCUAGAAUGUACCUCUUAAUAUUAUAUGCAUGUCUUUUUUUGUGUGUGUGUAUGUUUAGGACCCAGACAGCAGUGAGUAAUAACUGGUUCAGGUGUGGGUUCACAUGCCUCAUUACACUAACUCAAAAGCCCUCAGCUGGAUAGAGGAAGAGGGCUCAGGUUGAGCUGUGAUGCAGUUUGUAUAAUAUUGAAGACAAAUAAUGUUCAAGGACAACGAGCCAAUAUCAGUUUUUGUGGACUGCUGCUAUCAAAGCUCAGACAGUUGUUUAAAUGCAGCAGCAGCUUUUCUAAACACUACAUUUUAUAUCAGCUUUGCAAUAAAGUAUUAACAGCCUUAUAUCUUUAUUUCAUGCAAAAAUUUAAUGGGAAUUGUCUGAGAAAUGUAACUUUUUGCAUUUCUUUCAGAAAGCUUUUGUCUGAUACGAUGCCUUUGUUGUAACUGUGACAUGGGAAGACUAAAUGUGGGGUUAUCCUGGAUUAUCUUUACAAUAUGUGGAUUACCUCUUUAAUAAGUGUAAUCUUGUGUAUUGGAUGUAUUUUUGUGUAUGAUUGGAUACAAUUCCUUUUCUUCAAUAAAUAUAAAGUAAUUUA